AUGCAUUUCUCGACAAGCAGUGUACUUCUAUACCUGAUCGCCUCGGCAUCAUGUACAGCAGCGUCUCCUCUGUUUAUUCAGCAUUCAAGAAGGAAGCCUCUAAGCACAAGCACCUGGACACCAUCAGCAUUCACAAAACCAACCACAAACGAGGUUGCAAGUACACCAUCGCAUGUCCUUGAACUUACCAAGAUCAACAACAAAGGCAACGCCCGCAGCGCAGUCGAGCUCAACAGCCAAGUUAGAACCGGGUCUGCAAAUCUAGUCUCCUUCGCCGAAGUAGGCGGGUUCGCAACAUCGAUCACAAUCGGCAACCAGACAUUCGAAGUCGUCAUCGACACAGGGUCCAGCGAUUUAUGGGUCGUGCGAGACGGGUUCACAUGCAUCAACCCUGAAAGCAGGAGGGAGGUCGCACAGUCAGAGUGCGGGUUCGGGCUGGCAUACGCACCUAAUACCACCUUCCAUGAAGUCAGCGGCGAGUUUCUGGACAUCAAGUACGCAGACGGGGAGAUUCUCUCCGGCGUCAUUGGGACUGAGAACGUAACAUUAGCCGGCAUCACGGUCAACCAGACUAUUGGGGUUAUAGAUUACGCGGGUUGGUAUGGCGACGGUGUUACGUCGGGCUUGAUGGGUCUUGCCGCGAAGGCCUACACGACAGAUUAUAAGCAGCCAAGUCUCUAUAACCCCAUUUUCGCGACCAUGUACGAGCAGGGCCUCAUCAAUCCUGUCUUCAGCAUGGUUAUAAACCGCAAUGCUUCCAAUGGCACAGCAGCUGGGUAUCUGACACUCGGUGGAUUGCCGCCUAACGACGUCAAACGGGAUUUCAGUACCACGCCUAUCCUGAUCACGAACAUCAAAGGCUAUCCGAAGGAUUAUGAUUUUUACACCGUCAAUAUUGAUGGAGUGGCGGUAGGCAACAGGAGCUUGCCAGAGGCUGGUGGCAACAUUCAAUAUCUCGUCGACUCAGGCACCACGCUCAACUACUACCCAAACUCCAUCGCGGAUGCUAUCAACGCCGCAUUUAUUCCUCCAGCGGUGUACAAUGAUUACGAUGGGGCAUAUGUGGUGGAUUGUAACGCAACAGCGCCAGUUCACGGUGUCACAAUUGGGGGUUCGACUUUCUAUAUUAAUUCAACGGAUAUGAUAUUACCAGGCGGGACAGAUAACUCGGGAAACAGAACCUGCAUUAGCGGGAUCAAUGCUGGGGGAGAUGUCGGGCAAGGUAUAUUUGUCCUGGGAGGAACGUUUUUGAGAAAUGUGGUGGCAGUGUUCGAUGUCGGGGCUGCAGAGAUGCGGUUUGCGGCGAGUGCAUAA